AUGUCUUCAGCAUCCUCUAGUAAAGUAAAACCCCCAACAGAAGAGGAGAUAGUAGAAGGUUUCAAUCGGUUGCGUUACGAACAGCGCUCUAUCGGGAGCAAAAUUAAUGAUCUAGAACUUGAUCAAAGGGAACACAAUAUGGUCAUUAAAGUGUUGCAGUCAGUGGAGCCUACUCGUAAAUGCAUGAGAAUGAUAGACAAUGUAUUAAUUGAACGUCAAGUGAAGGACAUCCUUCCGGCUCUUGAAGAUAGUGUAAAAAAAAUGUCUGAAUGUAUCGAAACAUUGUCAAAGCAGUUUGAGGAAAAAGGUCGAGAACUUCAAAGAUACAAGGCUGAGCAUAAAAUAAGAAUUGCUGGUGAAAAAGACUCUACAGGUUCAGAGAAAAAAGAUAAUAUAUCUUCGUCAUCGACUUCGGGUGUGUUAGUAUCCUGAGCGUUUUGGUGUGUAUAAUGUAAUCAUUGUCGGAUGUGAUCAGUAUGUACCAUAAAAAUACUCUCCGUGUGUAAUAAGAAUAAUGUAUUUACACCUCUAUAAAAAAAACUAUCAAUUGAAUGAAACAUUCGUCAUUUGUCUUUUGGUUUUUAUUUUCAUUAUAUAAAAAUGUCUAUAAUGUUCUUCAUUACCAUUUAGGCUAGCCAUUGCAUCCUGUUGAAAACCAAAACUAAGUAUCCGUGUAUAUUCCAAGAUAAUGGAGAGGUUGUGUAACUCAGGUAGAUAACUUUAGUAAAGUUUCAUAGUGUCCUCUUCAUUUUGAUGAAAACUAUUGGUUGACUGCUUAGUGUCGAUCAUGAAGAUGCAAAUGCUCAUGCUAUCCAUUUCAAUGUAAAUCUAAAAUGACUUGCUUGCAUGUAUUUACACAUGUUCCUCUUGAUUGCAUUGUCAACUAGGAAGGCUUCUGUAAGUAGGUGUCCUGCCCAUUCGCAUAAGUUUCAGUCGGACAAAGCGGCCAUGGAUAUCCAUUUCAAAUAGAAGGUGCUAGCUAAUUUUGUGUGGACGCUCCAAUUUUACCCAACACAAUAGACGAGUUAUCUAAAUUGAGAAACACAAGUACUUCUCUAAUCUCAGUGAAUCCAAAUGAUGUGCAUCAAGAUUUGUUUCAGUAAUGUAAGGUGUCUGGUGGACGUAAUCUACAGAAAACCUAUUGCUGAUACCCAAUGUAACGAUCAGAUGCUAUAAAAAUUCAGCCGUUCUCUUAAACUAGGACAUACUCCGAUCUUAAUCUCAAAACACUUUGAUCUUCUUAAAGUCGAGUUUGUUGAUUACUUAUGGUAAAGGGGAUGACCCCAUUGAGGCUUGGCUAUUUGACCUCAUAGAAGAACUGAAGUUAUUUGUUCCGUUCGACUUAUUACCUCUGUGUAUUUGUCAAUGAAAUUAACCUUGGGUUUUUAUUGAGUAGUGGCGAAAUUUUUAAGCAUUAGGAACUAAGUCUCAUUUGCUGUGAACAGAAAGUUAGACUGUCCAUAUUAGUUCAGGUGACGUCGGUCCCUACAUUAACCCACCCUUGUUUUGCAUACAGCUCGAUGCGAAAUUCAACAGUUAUCUGUCCAACGAUUAGUUUCGUCAAUGUCAUCGUCGUGAUCAACAUAUGGUCUGGUAUUAAUAUGCGUUAGUCCUAUUUGCCAUACUACAUCAGGAUGGCGAUGUGAAAUUAACAGUGAUUAUCAAAAGUCAAGAUUGUAGCAGUAUGAUAAUGCGAAAGACUGAGUACUGAAGACUGCUGUUCGAAAAAAAGAAACAAAUUUGAGGGAUGAGAAGUACGAAAUAAUAUUAGAGCUGAAGAUUCAAGAGAUGAAGAGUGAAUUCACUUGAACUGCUGCGAUUGGUCGUGAAACAUAUCACCCGAAAUCCCCAGACGCAUGGUCUGCACUUACUGAUACAGUUGGUCAAUCAGAAGUCGUCGAAUGAAAAGGGCAUAUUAUGUCAGUCAGAAAUAUCCGAAAUGAUAAGUUCGUGCUAUUGUCCAAGAAACGGUUUUAUUGUCUAGGGUCUAUAUAUAUAAUUCGGUUUGGCCUAAACGUUUUCCAUUUUUAACCUUCCCAUUCAAUAGUCAGUUGAGUUUUGUGGAUAGGAAGUUCCUCUAUCAUUUUGAGCCUCGGAAACCGCGCCUCACAACACCUACCAACAUUGCUCAGUUCAAAGGAUGGUUUCAUUGACUGACUAAAUGCUUUUGUCUAGUCACCUUCAGUAGUCUUUUAGUGGUCCAGUAUUUGAUUCCAGUUAAAUUGUUUGCUGAUUACUUACACCUGUUACUCUCAGUGGAGCAUAGGCCGCCGACCAGCAUUCUCCAACCCACUAUCUCCUGAACCUUCCUUUCUAGUUCUAUCCAAUCGUUCAUUCUUCUCAUGUCUGUUUCCAUCUCGGCACAAUGUGUUAUUUGGUCUUCCUCUUCUCCUUUGGCCUUGAUGAUUCCAUGUGAGGGAUUGCCUUGUGACGCAGUCGGGUACUUUCCUCAAUGUGUGUCUUACCCACUUCCAGCGCUUCUUCCGCUGGAAUCUGGUUUGUUCUCUCCCACAGUACGUUGUUGCAGAUAGUGUCUGGCCAACGGAUCCGAAGUAUUUUACGUAGACAACUGUUAAAAAACAUUUGUAUCUUCUGGAUGGUGGUUUUCGUAGUUCUCUAAGCCUCCGCCCCAUGCAGUAGAACUGUCUUGAUAUUUGUAUUGAAAAUUCUGAAUUUGGUGUUGAUUGAUAGUUGUUUUGAGUUCGAGAUGUUCUUCAAUUGUAAAUAAGCUGCCCUUGAUUUUCCGAUCCGCACCUUCACAUCUGCAUCAGAUCCACCGUAUUCAUCAAUGAUGCUGCCCAGAUAUAUAAAGGUUUUUACAUCUUCCCAAUCUUCUUCGUCAAGCGUGAUUUGAUUAGUGCAUGUUGUGUUGUAUCGGAGAACCUUGCUUUUCCCUUUGUGUAUACUGAGACCUAUUGCUGCUGAAGCUGCCGCUACACCGGUCGUUUUCCCCCUCAUCUGUUGUGUGUGCGAUAGAAGAACCAGAUCGCCUGCGAGGUCUAGAUCGUCUAGUUGCUUCCUAGCUGUCCACUGUAUCCGAUGCCUCCCCCAGAUGUUGACGUUUUCAUAAUACAGUCGAUCACCAGGAGAAAGUGAAAGGGUGGGAGUAAACAAGCUUGCCUGACACCGGUCUUUACCUCGAACGAGUCUGCGAGCUGUCCUCCAUGAGCGAUUUCACAGUUAAUUCCACCAUAAUAAUUCCGUAUGAUGUUGAUUAUCUUCUCAGGCACGCCGUAGUAUCGAAGAAGACCCCAUAGUGUUGUUCUGUUCGCACUAUCAAACGCUUUCUCGUAGUCAAUGAAGUUGAUGUGGAGUGAUGAAUUACAUUCAAUUGAUUGUUCCACAAUGAUCCGUAGUGUUGUGAUCUGGUCGGCACACGACUGAUCAUUACUUAAUCCAGCCUGUUGGUCUCGAAGUUGGGCAUCUACGGAGUCUUUCAUUCUGUUUAACAACACCCUGUUGAAGACUUUUCCUGGUAUUGAGAGAAGAGUGAUGCGUCUGUAGUUCUCACACUUGUUGAGAUCACCUUUCUUUGGUAUCUUGAUGAGAUGUCCUUCUUUCCAGUCUGUUGGUACUUGUUCCUCAUCCCAAAUCUUAUUGAAGAGAAUGUGGAGUAUUUUUGCAGUUAUUACUUCGUCUGCUUUAAGUGCCUCUGCUGGAAUGUUAUCUGGUCCCCUUGCUUUGCCACUCUUGAUUUGUCUGAUGGCCAUGCUGAUCUCUUCAAUUGUUGGUGGGCCAACAUCGGUUAGGAGGCCCGUGGGUGCUGCUUCGAUGUUGUGUGGGUUUAGUGGGGCUGGUCGAUUCAAGAGUUCUUUGAAGUGUUCUACCCACCUGUUUCGCUGUUCUUCAAUGUUGGUGAUUACUUUACCUUCCUCGCUUUUCACUAAUCGUUCUGGUUUACGAUAAUUGCCAGCGAGGUUGUUUGUUGUGUCAUACAAUUGUCUCAUAUUUCCUUCUCUUGCAGCCUUUUCUAUCAUCAUUGCUAGGUGUUCCACAUAUUUACGUUUUUCAGUUCUGAUGCUCCUCUUCACUUGCUUGUUUACUUCUGUGUAUUCAGCUUGUGUCUUGGCUUUCUGUGCUCUUGUCGGUUGGUAUUGAUUGCUGCCUUCUUGUUCUUCCUUUCUUGAAUCUAAUCCAGUCUAUCAACAGUGAUUCAUUCCUUGUGAUUGUGCUUCUUGUGGCCCAGAACCUUCUUAAGUGUUGAAGUGAUUGCCCCCUUGAUCUCCUUCCAGUCCUUCUCCAUAUUAGUUCCCUCUACAUCGAGUAGAUCGCGAAAGGCCUGGGACCUGUUGCUGAGGGCUAUCUUGAAUUAAUUGAGUCUGUCAGUAUUCCGAAGAAGAGCCGUAUUAAACUUUUGUCAUAUUGUUCAGUGCUUCUUGAGUUUAAAUUUCAUCUUGGCGACCAGCAAGUGAUCAUCUGAGACUACAUCAGCUCCUCUCUCGAUCCUCACGUCCUUCAGAACCUUUUAUUGCUGCAGAUAUGGUCGAUUUGUUUAUGCUUAGUGUGAUCCAGUGAAGUCCAUGUGGUUUUGUGUAUGCUUUUAUGUAGGAAUAUGGUGCCACUCAUGCCCAGUUUAUUGAAGGCACAUAGGUUUGCAUAUCUCUCACCAUUUCGUUCCUUUCUCCCAGUCCGUGUCGUCCCAUGAUGUCUUCAUAUCCCGUGUUGUCCAUUCCAACCUUGGCAUGCAAGUCUCCCAUCAGAAUGAUCAAGUCUUUUGUUGGGCAUUUCUCGACGAUUGACUGUAGCCUAUCGUAGAAUUGAUCUUUAGCGUCUUCAUUGUAGUCGUUGGUAGGCGCAUAGCAUUGGAUGAUGUUCAUUGAAAUGCCCUCUUUCUUUGUUUUAAAGGAGGCUUUGAUGACCCUUGGUCCAUGAGAUUUCCAUCCAAUUAGUGCAUUUUGUGCUUGUUUGGACAGCAUCAAUGCAACUCCUUGUGUAUGUGGUGCAUUUUCUUCUUCAUGGCCGGAGUAUAACAGAAGCUCCCCUGAAGCUAAUCGUUGUUGUCCAACUUGCGUCCAAUGUGUUUCACUGAUCCCAAGCACCUCCAGGUUGUAUCUCCUCAUUUCUGCAGCAAUUUGAAAGACUCGGUUUCCCUCACUGUAAGAGCAUUCCAUUUACCUAAAUUAAUGGUUGCUCUGGUUGUUAGAAUGGGCACCAACCUCGUGACUUCCGAAGAAGCUCGGCUUUCACUAUGAGGCGUCAUGACUUCUAAAUGGAGACCUAACUCACAGGGCAAAGUUUAAAUGGUCUGAAUUAUUUUUUCUGGUUAGCAUUUUUUAGUGAGUUCGUUUUCUAAGGGAUGGGGUCGCUAACCCCAUGCCAAACCCUCCUCCUUUAUCCCGGCUUGGUGCCAGUAGUAGCCCCAGAGGGGAUCCAGGCAUAGUUCUGUAGCAGUAAAUAAAUCCCCAAGUUAAAUAGCUCUGUAAGUUUUCGACAUUGGAUGCUGACCACAUGUUUUAAUGGACUCAUGUAACUGAAGGCGCUCGGUCAUGCAUCCGCACCAGAUCAUGAGUGGGAACGUCAUGUUUAACAACCACUGCAAUCGCUAGCCAGAUUAGAUCAGACGAUCCUCGAUAUAUUGGUAGCAUAUCAAAUAUAUCUUCGAACUUCUUCGCUUCUGUCUUUUGAUUUCACUUGGUGGGUACGCUUCAUAUUAGGUGUUACUGGUUAAAGCGUUGUCAAACCCCGAAUGCUUGUGACGUCUGCAGUUCGUUUGAUGAUUGCUAUCAAAAUAUUAUGGUAGAGUUUAGUUUUCUGAGCUGGAUAGUUUGGCUGUGAAGCUUUCAUCUUUAUUCUGAACAUCAGUGCAAACUUCAGGUGGAAGUGAAGUGUUCGGGUUUCUCCACAUAUGGCUCACAGCUUGUCCUGUAGGCCUCGAUCUUGACUGGUUAUUGUUCGCCUUUAACCGGCUAUUGUUUACUUCUUUAGUUUGAUUGUAUCUCUCUUUAUUGAUGUAAUUUGUGGUCCUAUAUUUGUUCAUAAUGUUUAUGAUUGGUUGAUAAAUUGGAUCGAUUGAUGAUAGACCUGAGUGUCAAGCUAUUGAAAUAUACAUACUGUCAACCCUCGGUUAUUUUUAUGGUUAGGAGAUAAUGGAACAAAAUAACUCAAAUACGAGAAUGAAUUCGUAUAUUUCGUAUACUCAUUGAUCUGAACAGGCAAUCGGCGAGACGAAAUUAAGUGACGCGCAGAGGAGAUGGCGGGUGAGACAAUUCGUUGUGAUCAAGCGUGACUCAAUAUUUAUUCUUACCAAAAUAAUUUGCAGACACUCAGUGAAUAAGGUGAGCAAUUAACACACCAGUAAAUGUUUACCCACACAUACGACCAUAUUUAAAGUCAGGGCUAAUAAGUGAAUAAUUGACAAGGUCAAAUUGUGGUUGAAACGAUUGAACAAGUUGGUCUAUCCAGGAGCUAGAAUAACAUAUGUGGGCUUGACAUAGUAUCAGCCACUACAGUCUCAACUAACAAAUAAACCUACAUCUUUUUCUGAAUCAUAAGGACAACCAUAAUCAAAUAGACGAAGCUAAACGUAUGGCUACAUUGUUUUGUUGUGGCUGGCCCUAUGUCAAGCCGACAUAGGUUAUUCUAGCCUAUGGACAAAUUAAUUUAUCCAUUUCCAAGCUAUAUUUUGACCUUGUCACUUGUUCGCCUAUUAACUUUAAC